AAAUUUAACGAAAUUUUGUGUUUCGCUGCUGUUUAAAAUUGAAUGCGAGUUGUAUUUUUCCAAAAUGCACGUUACUAUGAGCCACUGUUUGCUUGAAUCGUAAUUGCAAACAGCAAACUAACAUUUGUACAAUUAGCAAAAGCAAAAAAAAACGUCGAUUUCGGAACUGCGCGAUUGCAACAAAAUCCCUCCACUAGUGAAUGGUAACAGCCUGAGCAAAAACGAACCGCUGACGUUCGAUGUUUACAAAUAAUUCCGUCUUCGCGAAUUUGUCAUGAUUGUCGGUUGUGGGCAGGCAAUGCAAUAUAAUCGUCAUCGACCGUCGAACGGAGAAAAGAGUGCACGAACAAAGGAUCGACUAGCCGUAGACGUGGUGUUUGGUGUCGCAGAAAACUUGCGACCGUGUCUCGUUUGGAAAGUAAAUAGGAAAGUAGAAGUUGUGUUGGGCGCUGUGCUCAAUCGGCACGAGAAACAGCUGAUGACCGUACCAAAAAAGCACCAAUAUAUGUAGGGGACGAAAACUGCAAAUAUACAAACACAUUCGUGUGCUUCUCCAUGGCUGCUUUGUACAGAUAGUGAUAAUGUACAGCCUAUAGCAGCAGAAAGUGAGAGGUAGAAAAUUUAGGGAUUACCGCCGACAACAAAAAUAGAAAGAGGAAUAGAUACAGGCAGUUUCGUCGUUCCCCUUUUCUUCACCGCUACCAUUACUCACUAGUGCUAUUCACCGGAUGGAAGAUAAGUGGUCAUCGCGUUUUAACCUCAUUCUACAUUAAGGCCUCAAGAGGUGGCCCAGUGGCAUCCUGUCUAGCUACAACGUCUUGUAGAAAUAAAUGCACGCGACUGUAUUCUAUCUGGGAACGGCGUAACAACAACUUCAACGAGCACCAUCUGCGUGAAACCAUCGCGUUGCAAACGCCUUCAAUGCCUCAAAACGUUUCGUGGUAGUUUCUGUUAGUUGAAGGCCUAUUGACCGAAUCGUGUCAUCUUUCGGAACUGUAACGAAAGACAAAACUGAACUGCAAAGAUGUUGUACGUUUUUCAUGUCGAUAUUGGACGGAUGCUGACGUUUGAGAUGAGCAAAGCACUUGAGAAUGUCCGUUCGCUAAAGGAAACCAUUGAUCGACAUCAUGGUAUACCGAGUAGCAGUAUUGUGCUGCUCGUUAGUGGCGGUGAGAUGUUGCUGGACAACAACCGAGUGUGCAACUAUACGGCCGGGACGGACACUAAUCCGAUCUACAUGUUCAGUACGAGUUUGCUGGAUGCUAAGAAUCAGCCACAACCGUGGCCUAGUAUAGAGGCUGAUAAUGAUUUGAAACUGCAGGUGGAUAAGUGCCUCGAGUUACCGGCUACGUACGGUACGGUUGUGACCCGGGCCCUGCUAGCCCAGCAGGUUUGUGAGAUGGCCAAGGAAGAGGCUAAAACCUGCGAAACGUUGGUGCAUGAGCAACACUUGCAACAGCAGGGAUGGGCAGCUGUCGUAGCCAACAUGGAGGACGUAGUGAGCGAGUUUCAAGAGCGUGUCGCCGAUUUCUACCGGCGGUACGACGAACACCGGCAGCGUUCCACAGAAAAUGUGGAGAUUUUGUCCAACUUUGACAAGGACUUAAAGCAGCUGUCUGAGAUUCCCAUUCUAUCGACGUUAAUGGAAAAUGCAGAAUCACGUCCGUACGGCACUUUCGACGAAGUUUACGCUGAUGCUAGUAAUAUCAUCACGAGCUCAUCCACCGUGAGCAGUAAAACAGCGAGUAAUCAUGAGCGAAAUAGUGUCAGCGCUGGAAGCGAAACUGCAGCACUCGCAGAGAAAUUACUCGCUGCAUCAACUGAAGAAAAAGCCUCCCAAGAUUUAAAUGCAGACGCACCUACUGAAGAAGCGGGAAUGUCUGAGAAAGACAAGGUGAAAUGUAUUUCAGUACUAGACUGGAUAUCUGCUUCUGAAGGGCAACGAACUUUGAAACGUAUGGCAGAAGAAUGCCUUCGCGGGAUGGAACAAUUUGAAAAAGCCACUAUGACGCCACUCAAGGAAAGCAUCGAUAAAGCAGUAGAGCUGUCUCAAAGGGAAGACAUGAAGGAAAUCAAAGGCCUAGAAGAACGUCUCUGUGGACUAGAGCGACUGAUGUUUGACGCGAAAAAGGUUGUACAAGAUCAAAACGAGCUGGCUCAGUCAUUCCAGCAAAAUCAGAAUCGGGCGAAUACGCUGAAUGAUACGUCUAUCCUGCCAGAUCUUUGUGAAUCACACCGCAGCCAGCUGGUUGUGAUGCUAAACAAUCAUAAUCGUUUACGUGACAUUCGGCGUCGCUGUGCCAAGGCAAAGGAUGAACUGGGUAUCAAUCUAUCUCAUCGUUUACGGUACAUCAUCCACGUUGAAACCAAAGUGUAUGAAAUUGAUAACAGCUUGUUGUUCUACCACACCUGCUUGAAGCGUCUGCAGAAACAUUUGGGAAUAAUCGAGCAAAUUCAUAUGGCUCCCUGUAUGUACGUUAGUGCCGUGACGGAAGUGGUUCGUCGAAGAAUGUUUUCAAGUUCUUUUCUAAGAUGGGCUUCCGAUUUAGCAUGCCGGCUCAUGACAAUCCACAACGAGGAAGUCAUGCGACGGCACGACUUCACCUCGCAAUUCGAGGGCCACUUUCUGAGCACCUUAUUUCCUGGUAUGGACGACAUGCCGCCUGCGUACGCUAUUCAAGCCCCACCAAUUUUCGAUUCUAGUCUACCGGGGUUAAACAAGCAAGAUUUACAUGAGCUUUCCCGUUUCCUGCCUGAGCUCACGGAGAAAAUCCAACUACCGAACAUAGACUCUGUGAUAGACUUCUUUUCAUCUAGAUCGAUACAGAGCAAAACCAGUGCCCUGCAAGAGCUUCGUUCAGAUGAUAAAGAGGGUGAAGCGGUGGUACCUUCCGCUAAUGUCGAUAACGAUUCAGAAUUAGCUAAUACAGCACAACCGCCACCGAAAGAAGAUGAAAAGGGAUGUGAAUCGGAAACCGACACCGAAGAGUUUGAGAAAGUGGGACAAAGCCCGAUAGAUCGUAGACAUAAAUCUCGCCCGAAGGUGGAAACUUGCAGUAUGGCCACGUCAACUGAACCAGUGAUGAAGGCGUGCGCAGAAACACUGACAGAGGAAAAUCUCGGUACAACACGAUUAGAGGUGGAAAAACUAAAAACCAUUCUGCGCAAUGUGUACCAGCUGUCACAGUCAUCGAUCAUUUUCUUGCGUGGACAGUUGACAGCGCUCAAGACAGAAAAUGUGACUAGUCGGACCGAAUUCCGCAGUCAACUGGAGGCGAUCCAUCGAUCCUGGGUCGCUAUGCAGGAUGCAGCUCGUAACCGGGAACGCGAAACUAUACAACAAUUGACUGUUGAUCACGAGCUUGAAAUGAACGAUCUCCGAAAAAGUAUCCACCAGAAAGAUGACGAAAUUCAGUCACUUCGAUCGGAUAACUCCACCUUGAAGGGUAGCCAUAUCGAAACGGUUUCCAAGUACGAGAGUGAGAAGAAAGAGUUGAACGACAGGAUUGACGAAAUGAAGGAGGUUGUUAGUAAGUUGGAAAGACAGCUAGCUGAUGUGGAUGUAGACAAAAAGAAGGCUAUUCAAGAAGCUGUGGAUCAGCUAGAACACAAGCACAAAACCGAGAUCGAAUCGUUGCGAUGUAGGUACAAAUUGAUGACGAGCAUGGAUCGGUCACCGUCGGAUACGAGUUUAGAAAAGAUAGAAAGGCCGGAUAUGAUCGAUAUUGUUAGCCACGAACAAUUACUGGCACAGACGCGAGAAGAUUUCAAUCGCGAGAAGGAACGUGCAAUCAAAACUGCUGUUGAAGAAGAACGGCAAAGAUGGGAAGCUUCUCAAACACUGAGGGCACCAUACGCUCAAUCGCAACGUUCGAUGGGUAGUUCUCCGGGUACACCGACCGGGAGUCAAGAUGUAUAUAAGAGAAUUUUAGAGGAGAAAGAUCGCCAGCUAGAUGAGCUGCGAGAUAAGGAGGCCCAUUUACUGAAGGAGAACCAGCGAUAUAAGGAAACCAUCCAAUCAUUGACGGAUCCAGAGUUGUGCACUAAUCAAAUCAACAUCAAAGAACGCGUCGAGGCGCUAGAACUUGAAAAUCAACAAUUAACGAAAGAGCUGGAUAAGCAGCACAAUCGAUUGUGUGGAACGGUUUCUAUUCAAUCCUGUUCUAAAGGAGACACUGUGAUGAUCAUUUACAAUGCUACCUAUGAUCAGUACACAAUUUUUCAGAAUGCUCCUGUGUUAUAUUUCCUGCAUGCGGAUAGCUACGCGGCCUUCAGUCUGCCGCAGUUAGUGGCGGGUGUGGUGCCAAAAACUAUUUAUUGUGUUGGUACUGUAGUGGAUAAGGACUACUGUCAUGCUCGGAAGGACGAAAACCGAUACAAGGUAUCACGGGGUACUCGUUUUUAUCGAGUUAAAGUGAAACCUUUGUCGAACAGUGGCAGCGUCAGCAGUAGUACAUCGAAAAACGUCGAUCCCGACAAGCACUCCUACAAGAAGGAAAAAAGCAAAAUGACGGAAUUGAGCCGUUCGUCUUCGACCAUUACGGAUCAGAGUAUAACUGCUGGUACGCACGGAUUGCUGAUCGACUCGUUCGCACAAACCGAACAAAGUACCUCACAGCUGAUGGAGGACUCGGCAAUCAUCAAGACCAGUGCCAGUCGGGACAUGAUCGACUCGGGAGUGGCUGAACAGCAGAAAAGUACAUACAAGGAGCGUAAUAUUAGCGUGACAGACGAUGACGAAGUUACGUACAGUGCAAGCGCUAGUGCCAGUGUCGAUGAUGGCGAACAGGACCGGCUGCGUUAUCAAAGCGUCUGUGAAGAAGAGCAGGACGAGUUGGCCGAAGAAACGCAGUCCGGAAGCAUCAAUAGUAAUACGACGGCUCCACUGCCAGGCGCAUCACUCGUUUCCAUUCCUGACCGAUCGGUUUCACCGCUGCACGACCUGAUCGAAGCCAUUGACGUAAUUGAUGGUGCUUUGUCCACCGUUGCACUCUACACCAGCACCGAUAGCAGCGUAAUAGAUUCCACCAUUGCACUAGAAUCCGAAAUAACUCCGGCACUCACCAUCGAUGGUUGUGGUGGUAGCGCGGAACUGUUAUCACUACCGUCUGGUGAUCUCGUGAUGGACGACAUCAGUGACUCGGCCGAGUCGGAGUAUCGCUCACUGGAGACCAAGGACGAUGAUAGCGAUAUGCUGUACUAUUGUCUCGAAUAAGAGAUGCACUUUAUUGGACUGAUUUUUUUGCAUAUAACCAUCAGUUACUAAUACGUGAUGUAACCUUAUAGCGCUUGUAAAGAGAUUAGUUUGUAACAUACGAGUGAACGAUACUUUGCAUUGUCAUAUCAACGUAAAGAUACAUUUUUAAUUGAAAAUUGGUAGACGUUUCAUUCGAUAAAAUUAAUGAGAUUCUGUAGGUAGAGGUAGAGGAUUCAACAGUUUUAAUAGUUAUUUUCUCGAUAAUUUUGUGACAUUAGGUACUGUAUGUCAGGAACAAAGCAGCCAGAAUGCCAAUUUAUACGCAUUUCAUCGCUUGUAUGUCAGAGUUUCGAUGUAAUUCGAAGCAUCUCUCUCGUUCGGAUUGGCACUCAAGCGUUUUCAACUAUCAUUUAAAUUUUCAUUCAAUAAUAUUAAAGAAACUUGCAUCAUAAACUACAAUUAGAAUGCUUGUAAACACCGGAAGGAUGCACGCUUAUUGUGUUCCGAGCAUCCGAAAUCAUCGGUAGUUCAACAUAUAGGACAAAAAAAGUGCUACACUAAUAUCAGGAGUCUUUCAGGUUUUCCAUU